AUGCUGCUGCUAUGGCCCCUGCUGCUGUUGCUGCUGCUGCCUCUACUGGCCAUGCUGUGGCAGCAGAGGUCUCGGGAUGCCAGGCCAUCCUGGCUGACCCGCCUCCAGCACCAGGUGGCCUGGGGGGCACUAGGCUUGGCAGCUGCCUGGCAGCAUCGAAAACUAGAACAGAGCACACUGCACGCGGGCCAGAGCCAGCAGCAGGCCCUUGAGUGGUGUCUGAAGAGAGCCAAGGGUCCCCGCUGUCUCCCCAGGGGGAACACAGACAUGAGAACCUUCCGGAGUCAUCUCCCAUUGACCAAAACCAGCCAAGCCAAGGAGGAAGAGAAUGAAGAGAAGCUCUUGCCCCCUGCCUCACCCCAAUAUCAUGGAGAAGCUUCUCUGCAGGCCACCCUUCUGGGUCUGGUCACCCUAAACAAGGCCUACCCAGAAGUACUGACUCCAGGAAGUACUGCCUGUGUAACCCCCACAUCCCCAUGGCCCAGCUCCUUCCCCUGGCUCAGGCAUGCCCUGGGCCGGGUAAGCCCCGUUGGAGCCAAGGACUCUCGGACCCUGCUGCUGGAGGCACUGAAAUCCCCAGGGCUGAGGGCAUUGGAGGCAAGGACUGCAGUGGAGCUCCUGGAUGUCUUUGUGGGCCUGGAGGCAGAAGGCAGAGAACUGGCUGAGGCCAUAGCAGAUGGGAACCUAGGAACACCUCUCCCCAGCCGAGCAGCUGAACUACAGGAAGCUCUGGAGCAGGGACCCCGAGGAUUGGCCCUUCGGCUGUGGCCAAAGCUGCAGGUGGUGGUGACCCUGGAUGCAGGAGGCCAGGCAGAAGCCGUGACUGCCCUUAGGGCCCUGUGGUGCCAAGGGCUAGCCUUCUUUUCUCCUGCUUAUGCUGCCUCUGGAGGGGUGAUGGCCCUAAACCUGUGGCCAGAGAAACCCCAAGGAUUCUAUCUUCUGCCCCCUGGAGCCCCCCUUAUUGAGCUGCUCCCAGUCAAGGAAGGAAACCGAGAGGAGGCAGCCUGCACUCUCCUUCUUCCUGAUGUCCAAAUGGAGGAAGAAUAUGAACUAGUGCUGACUGACCAUGCCGGCCUGGCCAGGUGCCGCCUGGGAGAUGUGGUACGGGUGGUUGGUGCCUACAAUCAGGUUCCAGUUGUCAGCUUCACCUGCAGGCUGGGACAGACUCUGAGUGUUCGAGGAGAAGUUACUGAUGAGAAUAUAUUCUCUGCAGCCCUGGCCCAAGCAGUGGGACAGUGGCCAGGAGCCAAGCUGUUGGACCAUGUCUGUGUGGAGAGCAGCAUUCUGGACUCCUGUGAUGGCUCUGCCCCGCACUAUGAGGUAUUUGUGGAGCUGAGGGGAUUGAGGAAUCUGUCGGAGGAAAAUCGAGACAAGCUUGACCACUGCCUGCAGGAAGCCUCCCCUCACUACAAGUCCUUGCGGUUCCGGGGCAGUGUGGGCCCUGCCAAAGUCCAUCUGGUGGGACCAGGGAGCUUCAGAGUACUCCGGGAAGCACUAGCAGCCUGCCCCGCCUCCUCCUUCCCUCCUGAAAUGCCUCGGGUCCUCAGGCUCCCUCACUUGGUCCAGCUCCUGCAGAAGAGGGUGAUAUCCUAACCAAGGCAAGCUGUUGCAAGGCUUCCCUCUGUCACCUCACCCUUUCCUCUGGGGCAUCUCCAGAUGUUGAGUCCUGGACCAGACAUCACAGGAUAUUGGCCCAUCAGAGCCACUGGGCCUUAGGGAGGCCUUUGACUUAUUGACCGGUUUUAAGAUGGAGGCUUUUGGCCUACAGCAGAAGCCAGCAGUGUCCUACGACCGUCCCCAUCAGCCUGUCCUAUGUGACAUUGAUGCACCCUGGUGUCUUCCUGUAUCUCAGCCCCUCUCAUGUGCUUGACCAGGGUACAGCAUGGGCUGAAAGUAUAGAUUAUGCUCCCAGAGUGGCUCCUUGGAGAAGGAGCAAAUGAAUAUAAAGGUGUCAGCAUCAUUGUCUCCUGGUCUGAGGUACAUCUUGCACAAUCUCCUGAAAGGAUGAGGCUGGCCCACAGGAGUAAGCCAGUGUUUAAAUUUUCUUCCUAGCAACACUCCUCCCUUCCCUCCAUCCUUCCCUCCCUUGCCCAUUUUACCAUUGGAUCAACUCCCAAAUAAAACUCUUUUU